GGGAGCCAGAACCUGAAGGCCAAGCCCAGACCUUACGAAACAUCAAACAUGAUUAUUAUUAGUUCCACAGAAACAGAGAUUUGAUUACAUUGGAAUAAUUUGAACUUUCCAAGCUAAUAAUUUCUCCUUCAUUUCUUACAAUCCCCAUUCACUCCUGAAAUUAUCCAAUCAUUUGGAUUGGAUUUUCGAAUACAAGGAUCCGCUUUUAUCUCUCUCAGGCAAUUGGAGAGAAUCCUUUUCUCGCUUUCUCUCCAGUCUCAAUCCCAUUUUAAGGUGUUCGUUGAUGGUCAUCUAAGCUCCUCUCUCUCCAUAACGGUCUGUUUGCAGAAUUCAACCUGUUCUCCGCAACCAAACGGAGCUGGUAUAAAUUGUUAACGGUUAUUUGAUUGCUGAGAAACUUUAAGAAAAAGAAAAUGCGUCUCCCAAGUCCGACUAUUUCUUCUUCAUCUUAUACCGCUGCAUAGGUAAUUACACAUUGCACCGGGACGGAGAGAAGUUGUUGAGUUUCGAAUUUCGGUUUUCGAGUCUUUUCGUUCUCUAUUCCCGAAUUCCUCUACCCCACCAAACAAAAUAUAACACCAUAGCUUCUAAAUCGCCAGCGCCGUUCUAGUUAUUGAUGUCAUUAGAAGAGGUUUUUUGUCGAAAGGGGGAAAAAUUGAAAAAGGAGACUGACGAUAGUUGAUAUGCUGAUGCCAGAAACCGGAUACUUGCAUAGUGACGCGAACUUGGUCAAAUUAGGUGGCUUUUUAAUAAAGUUAGCUCUGUGUAUGAGACGUAUAUGAAAAGUCAAAGGCCGGCCUACAUAGUCUGAUACACACUACCCGCGAAAAUUUGUGUGAAAAGUAUGGUCAAACUAAUUGUAUGAAAAUAAUGCAAUGCUCUGACCUCUGUUUACGUUGGAAGUGCAUCUUUCUCUGGUCUCUGUCUUCCUGCUGAAUAUUCCCGAUGCACAUGGGUGAUGCAGCAUAAUAGUAGUGCAGUUUAGGAAGAUGUGGCGGGAGUUAAAUGAGAAAAACGAUGGGCUAUAUUUAUAUCAGUUGGGACUUGAGGAAGUAUAGUGUUGCCAACUUUGUUAGUGAAAGAUGGUUGCCUUUGGAAAAAAGUUGAAGGAACGACAAAUUCAAGAAUGGCAGGAAUAUUAUAUUAGCUAUAAAUUGAUGAAGAAGAAAGUGAGACAAUAUGCUCAACAAAUUGAAGUGGGAAUCCUAGAUCGCAGGCAUGUUCUCAAGGAUUUCUCAAGGAUGCUAGAUAAUCAGAUUGAGAAGAUUGUCCUUUUUCUCUUGGAACAACAAGGGCUACUUGCAAGUAGGAUUGCCAAGCUCAAUGAACAGCAUGAGGCUCUUGAGCAAGAGCCAGAUAUAUCUCAAAUAACCCAAUUACGGGAGGCCUAUAGAGCAACAGGGCAAGAUUUGUUAAAGCUUCUCUUUUUUGUUGAGAUAAAUGCUGUUGGUCUGCGUAAGAUACUGAAGAAGUUUGAUAAACGUUUUAGAUACAGAUUCACUGAUUACUAUGUCCGAACCCGUGCUAACCAUCCUUAUUCCCUUCUGCAACAAGUUUUAAAGCAUGUGGGUUUAGGAGCUGUUAUUGGAGCCAUAUCUCGCAAUCUUCAUGAACUUCAGGAACAUCAGGGAAGCUACUUAUCCAUCUAUGAUGAGCCUGCUCUUUCAUUCCAGGAUCCUGUUGUUGAUUCAUUGAAAGCAGCCGUAGACAGGGUCACUCGUUCAACAAACUUCCUUAACUUUUUGGCACAACAUGCACUUAUUAUACAAGAAGAGCUACCUACUACUACUGAUGAACGUGCUGAUGAUCAAAGAUACCAUUUUAUGUCACUUUUCUUGAACUUACUGAACACAUUUCUUUAUAUGGUCAACACAUAUAUAAUUGUCCCCACGGCUGAUGACUACUCAACAAUGCUUGGAGCUCCAGCAACAGUUUGUGGUGUUGUAAUUGGGGCAAUGGCUGUUGCACAGGUGUUUUCUUCAGUUUAUUUUAGUGCUUGGUCAAAUAAAUCAUACUUCAGACCUCUAGUAUUUAGCAGUAUCGUGCUUCUUGUGGGAAAUUCCAUGUAUGCAUUGGCACUUGAUUACAAGUCAAUAACACUUCUUUUAGUCGGCCGUCUCUUCUGUGGAUUUGGUUCUGCUAGAGCUGUUAACCGGCGUUACAUCAGUGAUUGUGUGCCACUUAGAAUUCGCAUGCAGGCAUCAGCUGGUUUUGUUAGUGCCAGUGCUCUCGGAAUGGCUUGUGGUCCUGCCCUUGCUGGCUUGCUUCAAACAAAAUUUAAAAUUUACAAGUUUACAUUCAACCAAGUCACUUUACCAGGCUGGGUUAUGACAGUGGGUUGGUUUAUAUAUCUCAUACUGUUGUGGAUAACAUUUAGAGAACCUUCUCAUGAGACUGAAGAAAAGAGUAUAACUCAGGAAUCUAAUGCCGUGACAGGACCUGCAGAAAAUGAUGGGCUUGAGAAGGGUCUUAAAAAACCAUUACUUUCUGAGGGCAAGCAAGAUGAUGAACAUGGUGAUGGAGAAUGUGAUGGCAGUGAAGAAGCUUUUGAGGAAUCUCGAAGACCUGCCACUUCAAUUAUUUCAGCAUACAGGCUACUUACACCCUCCAUAAAGGUUCAGCUGUUGAUAUAUUUCAUGCUAAAAUACGCCAUGGAGAUUUUACUCUCAGAAUCCAGCGUCAUUACCUCAUACUACUUUGGUUGGUCAACAAGCACCGUGGCAAUUUUUCUUGCAUGUCUAGGCCUAACGGUUCUUCCAGUAAACAUUAUUGUGGGAAGCUACAUUAGUAACAUGUUUGAAGACAGGCAAAUUUUAUUGGCAUCAGAAAUUAUGGUUUUCAUAGGAGUACUCCUGAGCUUCAAAUUCGUGGAUGCAUAUACUGUUCCACAAUAUGUUUGCUCAGGAUUAAUCAUGUUCGUUUCUGCUGAAGUACUUGAAGGGGUGAACUUGUCACUGCUCUCUCGGGUCAUGUCAUCUAGGCUUUCCCGUGGAACCUACAAUGGUGGACUACUCUCAACUGAAGCAGGGACCAUAGCUCGUGUAAUUGCUGAUGGCACAAUAACCCUGGCUGGGUACUUGGGCCAGAGUAGACUCUUGAAUGCAACCCUUCUUCCUUCGCUCUUCAUUUGUGUAGCCUCCAUUAUUGCCACCUGUUUUACCUACAAUUCGCUCUAUUGAUUCUUAUGUUGUACAAAUUAGUCAUUUGAUAGGUGAAGCCUAGCUUCUCAAUUUUGUUCAUCUUUUUUCAAAUAACAGAGAAAAAAAAAAAGUAAUAAUUUCUAUGUUGAUAAUUGUAAGUGCCCCAUAUUGUAAGACACUAGUUCAUUGAUUCUCCUGUUCUAUUUGAAUUCAACAAAGUUUCAGGCUUCU